AUGGUCAUUAUGAGGAACCCAAGUUUGGUUUCUGAAGUAUUGGAGGAGAGCAGCAGGGCCCAGGGAGAUGGACACCAUUCACCUCCUGCUCGUGUGCAAGGACAGCCUGACUGGUGCACCUGUUCAGAAUGCAGGGAGAUGCUAACACAUCUAGAACGCGUCUGUUGUGGAAAAAAUGAGCAGAAUUGCUUCUCAAGACUCAGAGACUUUGAUAUAGUAGUUCUUGAUGAACUAAUUUUACAUGUUGCCCGUGCAUACAUUCAAGAAAUCUUUGCCAUUCAAGAUGACGAUGACUACAACAGAGCCAAUCCUUAUGCUGGGUACAGACAGUACACUCUAGGAGUUGGGCACCGCAGACUUAUCCCAAGCUGUUGUGUUUGGAAAAUCAGAGACAAGUAUCCAACUGCUUUUGGACAGUACAGAGGUUAUGUGCCUGGCAGAGUAGGAUAA